AUGCCUCGUGAUGCCGGCCCCCGCAAGCCCACCCUCAAGCAGCUGGCGAAGCAGAAAGCGAAGGACAUCAAGACCCGGGAGCGCAACGAGGCGACGUUCGCAUCCGCCGUUCAGCACUCCAAAAGCACCAUACUCGACGUGGACAUGCGGUUCAUUCAAGACACGCUGACCCAGAACCCGACUUGGAUUUCUCCACUCGCUGGUCUGAUCCGCUCGGGCUCGUUGAAUGGUCUUCUGAAGGACGUUGCCAAGAAGGAGGAGACCGGUGGACUGAGAUGGAAGGGCAAGUGCACCAAAUGGGGCAGUUUGCCGCUUGAGAUGGCGAGCUUAAUGCUCAAGCAUUGCGGUGUGGAGCUCGCGGAGGACGUACAGAAGGACGAACCCGUCGUACGGACCCUCUUCGAGAUCCAGUUCUGGGCAGCCAAGUCGGCGUCCUUGCCAUCUCGUGCGGACAUUCGCUAUCAGUCCACGUUGGUCAAGUUAGCGAGGGCCCGCAUGGAGGACGUUGGUCGCAACUACAUAGCUGCGGUGAACUCGGCGGAGGCUAUCAGUGUUGACCGGGACAGGUACAACAUCUGGUCACUUAGAACAACACGUUGUACUGCCACGUCUUUGCCACACAAGAUGGACACCCUCGCCUCGUACCUCAGCCACGAGCUUCCUACUCUCCCGGACAACAAGACGUGGCAAUUGGACGCCAAGUGGACCUUCGACUUGUCGUCGGACGCAGACACCACGGCUGGCCUCGGCGACAAUGUGCCGCAGGGACCUCCAGCUUUUUUCAGCUCUGCGUCGGACAAGCGUCGGACAGUUGCAUUUUGCAUUCCCUGCGGGACACACGGAAGCCUCAAGGGCGAGAGCUACAAGUUCAAAGAGCCGCAGACCAAGGUAACGGAUGGACAUCGUUUUUGGCACAUGCGUUGGUUUGUGGACUUCCUCGGAGGACACGAGUCUCGAAAUUUCCUCGCAGGCAGUGUGUCGACGUUCAGGAACAAGCUCUUCACGAUUGCAUGGCCCUGCUGGACAGACACGGAGGACGCUCUGAAAAAAGAGAUCGAGUCGCACUUUCUCCAGAGUUCGUUCUCCCUCCUCAAGCAGCAGGAGCACGCUGCAAACGCCGAGAAGAAGGGCACCAAACGAAAGGCAUCCUCGCAGCAGAUGCAGGACGACAUGGAGGACGACAACGAGCAAGCGGACAAUGAGGAGCACACGGGUGACCAGAUGGAAGAGGUAGCAGCUGGACGAAGCACACGUUGUACAGAGUUUGCCACGUCGAGCUUUGCAACGAUUGUUCUUUUGCAUCAAUGGCACCAGGGUAUGCGCAAAGAUGCCAAAUGGAAGAAGCCGGCAGAGGAGGUAUCCAAGCUGGCCGGGGAGUUGCUUCAAGGCCUCGCUUCCUUGUUCCUGCAGACCCCGCAGGACUUCUCAUUCACGUGGGACGGAAACACUCUGGUGCUGCCGUUCAAAGGAGGUUCGCUGGACGUGGACGAGGUUGUACUGCAAAACAGUUUACUUGCUAAAGUACUACACCGCGAUCGUUCCCGAUUCAUGGACGUGCUGCAGGAUGUGAAUGUGGACUGCACCCGUCGGACAAUUGGAGACACUCGCAAGUCAUCUAGUUUGAGGACGAAGUACUACUUGUUGGCGGCUUUGGCACGUGCCAUGGAUUCGUCGGACGACACGCAUUCCUGCUGGACAUCUUUGAAUGUGAAGCAAGUGAUGAGCACCUCCGGAUAUCGUCGGUCGUCCACGAGUUUUCGACAAGAGGUUGCGAGUUCAUCGAAUGCCACACGCAGGACACUUACCUCCACAUUGCAAGGACAUGCGUUCACCGUGCAGGACAGCAGCGAACAGCAGGACGAACAAAAGAUCAAGAAGCACGCUUCUAUGGACGCACACAGGCUAGCACGCAUGGAGCGAUACGCCUAUGUCACGCAGGGCAAGUCAGAUUUCCUCUCGACGGACAUUUUGUGCGUGGUGGUCCAGAAAUCGUCCGUCUUGUCGGCUGAGCAGUGGAAAGCUAUGUGGAACAAGGCUUCCAAGAAGUUCCUCGGGAUCGAGAAACCCGUUGGACCUGGUCAUGCGGAGGACCGGCUGGCCACACUGUCUUGGAUGCAGGACAUAAACCACGGCUUGCGACCCAUUGGCUGGACUUUUGGCUGCUGCCAGAGCACGCCGGCCGGCCCCGCGGAGGACGACACGAAGGCUAAACGUGCACCGAUCAUGAUUUUGUGCACCGACCAAGAAGCAACACAGCUGGCGGCUGUCUCCUUCUUGAGGAACAAAAAGAGCCUCUGGAUCGAACACGUCUCGGACCCCGCCCACAGGUCGCACAACGACGUGGCUUUGGCCUUGUCGGCCGCUGGACUCCUGAAGUUCUGCACAUGGUGCAUCUCGCUGUACAACAUCAGGUAUGGACCCUGGCAGAAGGGCUCGUGGGCGUUGAAGAUCCAGCAAGCCGCAAAUCGCAUGAAGGACAACAUGGACCCCUCGGACCCGAUAUUGCUCCUUUUCUUCCCGGACAUUCUGCUGGACGCCGGCCUCUCCCCCCUGGACGACAACACGGAGGAGAAACGCAGGUCGUUUUUGCAGACAUUACCCGACAUGGACUGCAUCCGCAUCAAGGGCACGAAGGCCAGCAAGAGUCGGUUCAAUUCCCUGACGACGGCCCACAGCGCGCUGGACAAAGAGUGGUCGGUCUUGGCUUUAGUUCUCACGGUGGUCUGCUUGGAGCACAACUGGGCAGUUUCCACUAAGGACCUCUUCUCGCAGGACAGCAACCAGGCCCGUGCCUCGGUUCCAUAUGGUGGAAGCAAGUCUUCUGCCAUACAGGAGGCCAAGCAAGGCAUGGACCAGGAGCGGAAGGGCAGCGCGAACAGUCUACACUUAAUGACGAAGUUCGUGAUCUCGCAGGACAACAAGACGACAGCCAGGAUGAUGUUCCAGGUCUUGCAACCCGAAGAGCUUCGUUGUUCGCUCAUGCUCAAGCAGCUGCGUUCCAAAGGCAUGACGAAGGACUACUACUCUGGCUGGGCACACUGGUCUUGGAUGAGCACUGCAAAGGACCACGUCAGGACUUUGUCGAAUUUGGAAGGUUUAUCUCGUGUCGGCCUCGACCUGACACUGGCACGCGCACAACCCCCGGAGGAGACAGAGCUUGUCUGGCAGGACUCGCUCGCAGGCCAAAUGACGCAGUUGACACUACAGAUCCUGCGGCUGCGGGCCGGGGCACAGCUGUACCAUACUGGAGGUUUCGGUGCGACCGCAGGACUAGUCCAUGCUGAAGAGCAGUUCCGUCGGGCAAGCUUGGAUUUUUUCAAAGAGAUGCAGUCUUGUAUCCAGGACACGCACAGUGGUGGUUCUCGUAUGGCAAAAAAAUUGCUCGAAGGUCAUUUCUCCCAAGGGCCGAUUAGUCGGUACAUCCUCGCCGAUCUUUGCACUACCCGGUUUCAGAGCCUUACGGAGGACGUUGCACACGUAUUGACCAGCAUUUGGUCGGGCCUCUUGAACACGAAGAUCAUCGAAGACUGUAAUAAAGUCCAGCGCGAGGCCGAGCAACGACAUUCGUCUUCGAAGGACUUGGGUCGUUUGGACGGAUGGAAGGCUGUGACCCAACAGGCCGUGGUCAAGAUGUACGAGAGGGUGGAGGCACUGUCAACGGAGCUCUACCACACGCCGGCAGCGUUUGACGUGGCCAAACUUUUCUGCAAAGACACCGAGAAGAAGAAGAUUCAAGCAGUUCGUCGUCGUUCCGAUUCGUCGGUCAGCACGCAGGUCAGUGCCUCGGAGGUGCAGGAAGCACAGCUUCUUGCAGACGUGACGAAGACGAGGGACUGGGUCUCCCACAACCACGCCGAGGAACAGGAGGUUUUGGCUGCCUUCAGUUUACUGAUGAAGGCGUGGAGGGCCAAGCGAUGGUCGCUUUGUGAAGAAGGUUGGUGCUCUGGACUUUUGCCCGAAGGACAUGUUGUACUGGCAGGUGCAGACCCGUUGUUCAUCGUUCGGACAUACCGUUUGGCUGCACUCGCAUGGCCCGGCAAGAUCGUUAAGGACAAGGACCAUGAGUUUUUCGAAUUCAACAUGGGCGUUCGGUCUCUCUUUUGGAUGCACAGCACAUCUUUGGACUUGGAAGUGUUGCGGCUGCGAGUUGUUUCACCUCUGCGUGCCUCGGCUGCAGUACAGUUGAACAUUGUCAGCCCGACACGGACAUUCUCUACAUAUAUAUUCGUCCUAUAA